UGUUCAAGUGUCUAACAUUCCACUUCUUACUUACAUUUUAGCAAAUAUGAAGCUGAUCGCCCCCAUCACCGCAGCUCUCAUCGCCGCCGCAUCAGCAGGCCAGGUCUUCACGGGCCACUCCUCAGAGCACUACGCCCAAUCAGCUGAACAAUACCAGUCAGGGUUGGAACACCAGCAGCUGGGGCUCUACUCUGAGGCUCCAGCUCCUCAGUCCUACUCAGGCCAUGAGGCUUCGUAUUCCGCCAGGCCUGCUGGAAAGAAGACUGCUAAGAUCCUGAGUUACAACGCGGAGAAUAAUGGACACCAGUACCAGUAUAAUUAUGAGACUGAUAAUGGAAUUAAAGCCGAGGAAGCCGGCCAAACCUCAGAGCAUGGCACCGUAUCCCACGGCGCGUACUCCUACAAGGGUGAUGAUGGCCAGACCUACACCGUGACUUACACUGCUGAUGAGCAUGGCUUCCAUCCCCAGGGAGCUCACCUCCCCACCCCCCCUCCUAUCCCUGAAGAGAUCCAGAAGAGCUUGGAGCAGAAUGCCAAGGAUGAAGCCGCUGGUGUAUUUGAUGAUGGUAAAUACAAAGAACAAUCCGGUCACAAAAUGACUGAAGGUUACCAGCAGUACGACGCCAGUUAUCAGUCCCUUGGCUACCAAGCUCCAUCAUCUCACAGUUCGGGAGCUGAACUGUCCUACCAGAUUCCCUCAGGACACGCUUCUGGCGCCGACUUGGCUUACCAUGCUCAAUUGACCCAGGCUCUCUCGGGACACUCUGGCGCCCAACUUUCCUACCAGGCUCCUUCUAGUCACGGCUCCAACGCUCAGUUGUACCAAGCUCAGUCAGCUCACUCAUCCAACGCUCAAUUAGCUUACCACGCUCCAUCAGGUCUUGGGUCUAGCGCUCAACUGUCAUCUCACGCUCCUCAAGGAUUUUCUUUGAGCGGUUUCGUUCCUUCAGGGCACUCUUCUAACGCUCAAUUGUCUUACAACCCUCACUCGGGUCACGCCUAUUCGGGACAUGCUUUGGGCGCCGAGUUGGCUUACCGUGGUCAUCAUUAAGUAGUGUACCUAGAUUGAAUAGUGAAAAUUACAGUGAAUGAUGGAAUGUGUGCGUGUGUGUGUUGAAGUGCAAUAAAAUGAAAUUGGUUUUCUGAAUAGUUACUAUUGUACCUGAAUGUUAUACCGGUUUAAAGAUUAAUCGAUUAUUUUUUUGUGGAAAACUGGGAAUUGACAUGUUCAAAACAGGAUUGCGACCGUAAAAUAGAUGGCAUUAAGUUGAUGAAUCAAUUGAAAGAAAAACAAUAUUCUGAAAUGUACUCAUAACUAUAUCAUGACAUGACAAAAAACUGCUAUAUAAGUCAAAAAGAUUCAUCAAACGUCAAUCAAUCUGUCAAAAUGGCGGCUUGACACAUACCGCUGUCAAUGAAGUCAUAAUCUUUCAAUUGACCUGUCAGAUUACAUAAAUUGAUAUAGCAAUACACAUUGGCGAAUUUCUUACUACUUUGUUAGAAUGUAUGAAAUAAAACUAACAUUGUAUAUGAUCCAAACUACCUUCAUAUUUCUAAAUAGUUAAAGUCAUAGGAUUUGCAAUUUUAUGUCAGAGCUUUUUGUCUUAUUGAAUGGCUGGCUAUCCAUGACCAAUGUUUAAAUCCUAGUAAUAGUCAAUUUAAUGGGUUUAGGAAU